UCUUAGCGAAUAGACACGAGAUUGCAAAUUUGCAAAAAUGCUUCAAAUAAUUGCUAAGAUACUAAUAAUUUCAUUAAUCGCGACUCAAUCUUAUUCUCAGUUUGUUAAAUUAACUUAUUUUGAAGAAAAACCUGGAUCUUGCCCUCCUCCUUUAUCAACGAAAAUUUGCUCUCAAGCAUGUUUUGUUGAUGAACAUUGUCAGGGUAUGGAGAAAUGUUGUCCAACAAUCUGUGGAGGGUCUACAUGUUCUAAACCAGCAAUUAGAGACGAGUCUCUGAGUGGGAAAUCGGGAUCCUGUCCUAGAAAUCCUGUUGGUCGACGACCAUGUUCAUCAACAUGUACAACGGAUAGUGACUGCCAAGGAUCAAAAGUAUGCUGCAAAAACCGGUGUGGUGCUUUAACCUGUCAAUUACCUUAUGUUGAGCCAAAAGAAACCAAUGUAUCUCCUAAAAAUCACAUCGAAUCUCAUAUCAAUCAAAGUGAUACUACAACGAAGCCUAACAACAUUUCUCCUGGAACUCAUAAGUUCAAUCCAAACAACCCAUUUUUAUUUCCAAGAAAUUAAUUUAUUGUUAUCAAGGCUCUAACAUAUAUUUAUACUUGUAUGGUUUCAAUCAAUAAAUAAAAUAGUAUUCUUA